AUGUCAACCGGCAACCGUAUCUGGAAACAACGAUUAGUGGAUAUUGGUACUGUCACUGCACAGCAAGCAAAGGAUUGGGGAUUCAGUGGUGUAAUGUUAAGAGGGGCCAGCUACGCACUUCAAGCUGAUCGAUACACGCUCGAGUCAUUUGAAAUGGUGGGGGGAUGCUCGGCUAGUCAGGCUGGGAAGUUUUCUUUCCACCUCCCGAAGGUUAUGAUGAUGGAUUUGCCCGUUUAUUGA